GCUUGUGCCCUGGCUGCAUGCAGUUGGAAAGUCCGUGUGAAGGUCUCUUCCGAACAGAACUACCCUGAGCGAUUCUUGACUACCAUCAUAUACAGUCGUUUCCGCACAGAUGACAACUGUUGGGAAACCGCAUCCAUUAAUCCUCAUUGUUUUGCCUUUAUUUAUGCAGGGUUGCUCUUCCUCCAAAGCGGAGGAUAGGCUGUUCCGGAAGAUUUUCCGCCGAUAUAACCAGUACAUCAGGCCGGUUGAGAAUGUGUCUGACCCGGUGACUGUACAGUUCGAGAUCUCCAUCUCACAGCUGGUCAAAGUGGACGAGGUCAACCAGAUCAUGGAAACUAAUCUUUGGCUGCGACAUAUCUGGAAUGAUUACAAACUGCGAUGGAACCCAGUUGACUAUGAUGGGAUUGAAUCUAUCAGAGUACCUUCUGACCACAUAUGGAAACCAGACAUUGUGCUGUACAACAAUGCUGUGGGAGAUUUCCAAGUUGAGGACAAAACAAAAGCAUUACUCAAAUAUGAUGGAACUAUUACUUGGAUGCCUCCUGCCAUUUUUAAAAGCUCCUGUCCAAUGGACAUCACCUAUUUUCCUUUUGACUAUCAGAACUGUUCGAUGAAAUUUGGAUCCUGGACCUAUGACAAAGCCAAAAUUGACCUUGCCAUCAUUGGGUCCAAAGUAAACUUGAAAGAUUUUUGGGAGAGUGGCGAAUGGGAGAUCAUUGAUGCUCCUGGAUAUAAACAUGACAUUAAGUAUAAUUGUUGUGAAUCAAUUUAUGUGGACAUCACUUACUCAUUCUACAUACGAAGACUGCCCUUGUUCUACACAAUCAACCUGAUCAUUCCUUGCCUAUUGAUAUCCUUUCUGACCGUGCUAGUUUUUUACCUACCUUCUGACUGUGGCGAGAAAGUCACUUUGUGUAUAUCUGUCCUCCUCUCCUUGACAGUAUUUUUGUUGGUUAUCACUGAAACCAUCCCUUCUACCUCACUGGUGAUUCCUCUGAUUGGUGAAUACCUAUUAUUUACAAUGAUCUUUGUCACUCUGUCUAUUGUUAUAACUGUAUUUGUUCUAAAUGUCCACUAUCGAACUCCAACUACUCACAUCAUGCCAGGGUGGGUGCGGAGAGUCUUCCUGCACUUCUUACCCAGAGUGAUGUUGAUGAGAAGGCCUUUAGAUGAAAAGCAAGCUGAAAACUCUAGGAGCAGACAAAAGAAAGCUAAGUGCCCCCAAACAAAUUGCACCAGCUAUAUGGAACAUGGUGACUUCAAGAUUAACAAAGACCAGUCAAAAUUCCCCUGCCAGCACUGCAAACAGCCCAGUGAUGAUGCUUCCUAUAACUUUUCCAGACACAUCAGCCCACAGUCACUAGAGACUCUGUUAGGUGUCUCACUCCUUUCUCCUGAAAUCCGACAGGCUAUAGAGAAUGUCAGGUACAUUGCAGAAAACACAAGGAGCCAAAAUGCUGCCAGAGAGGUGGAAGAUGAUUGGAAAUAUGUGGCAAUGGUAAUUGACCGAAUAUUCCUGUGGAUAUUUGUUUUAGUUUGUAUACUGGGAACUGCAGGAUUGUUUUUACAGCCACUGAUGGCUGCAGAGUAAAUCUAGUGUCUUAUUUCAAACCAGUGAAAUUCAUCGGUGUUAAGAUUCAGUGUACAUAACACCAGGGCCAUCUGUCACACCAGAACAUACAGAUAAUCAAACAUAGCAUGAGAAUGAAUAAUGAAAAACUGUUCCCUUGAAAUCUUUGUCUUUUAUACCAUGAAUUUAUUAGCUGUUAGCAAAAUAAUGAUUCUGUGACCUCUUAUGUGUAAAACCAUAAAUCACUUUUCACUGUUCUGUAUUAGAAUGCCAAUAG